AUGGAAGGGGCCGCGGAAAAGAGUUCAAAGCAUGGUGCCGAGGAUAAGGCAAACAGCAUCAUCACAGCCAUGAAAGACAGAAUGAAACAGAGGGAACGAGAAAAGCCGGAAAUAUUCGAGCUAAUCAGUUACUUUAAAAACUAUUUGAAGUCAUCGUAUCGGGACGACUACCGUAAGAUCGUUCGCCUAUUCCGAGAGGAAGAAGUGCCCCAUCACACUUUUCCUCUCCCUUCGGAACGGAACAUCCAUGCGGUGGUUCGAGGAGUUCCCGUCAACUUUUCGGAUACUGAGAUUAAGGGAGAACUGGAGCAGAGGGGAUAUAGCCCUCUUCACAUCAUUCGAUUGAAGCGCAGCGGCGGCGCGCCCAUGCCUUUGGUGGUCGUGAUACUGCCCAAGACUGAAAAGUCGCAGCAAGUGUUCAACGAACACGAACUGCUGGGACUGGCCAUUCGAGUUGAGGUUCAGAAGAACUCCAGACUCAUUGGGCAGUGUCACCGCUGCCAAAAGAAAGCCGAAUGGAGAAGGUACAAUCCGAAUGAUUCUGCAUGCAGCGCGUGUCGGCUGGAAGACAUUAAAAGCAAGAAGUGCAUUACAGCUGAAGCUCAGGAUGAUGAGAGGAAAGUGAUCCCAAAUCCUAGUUUGAGGUGCGACUCUUUUAUGAGCGUUCGGGAAUACAGUUUGCCCAAAAUAAAGAGAAGCACGCCGACUGUUCUCGGCUAUUCUUCUCCAGAGAAUAAUGCUUUGAAGUCUGCUGCUCCAGCUAAUGGUUUUGAUUUUGAAGAGAUUAUUGGAGAAAUGAAUGAGCGCAACUCCCGUAAGCGGAAUAUGAUUGUAUUUGGCUUACCGGAGCAAAAUCAGAGUGACCAGCCCUAA